UGUCGGACCGGAUCGAAUCGUGCAUCAUUUGUUGUGGAACUGAAGCGCGGACCGCUGCGUAAAGUCGGAAGAAAUAAACUGCGGCAUCAAUGUUAGCCAGUGACCCCGGAGAAGAUAAAUACAGUUUUUUUUACGAAAUGUAUCGUCUUGAAUGAGGCACACACAUAAAAGAUGCUCUCCCUUACAUGUAGGCGAAGUAUCUUUACUGCUCAGAAGGCUUGGUGUUGGACAGAUCUUCCACGGAGAUGCUGGUUCUUGGCUCCUGUCAGUGGAAGUCAUGGUGGAUCCAUCAGGCACUCCUUACAUCCAUGGCAGACCUCAUCAGUGUGUCUUCCCUCCAAAGAUAUGGACGCCAGACAAGGAAAAAUGCCUCUUCUCAGUGGUUUUAGGAAGACUGGAGUCAUACAGGGGACCCAGAACCACAUUGGUACAUCUUUAGUGCCGUCACAGUAUUUCCACUGCUCUGCUUCAAGACUGAAGAAACGACCCAAAAAGGAACCACCUCCCAGAGAGUUGGAUUUGCUGCGUUAUGACAUGAUGGACUUAAAUAAGAGUCCCAAACCUGCAAAGUACCUAGGCUUUGCAGGACUCCUCCCCUUCAUCAUGCCUCCUGUGGUUAUGGCAAUAUCAGAGUGCUACAUGCCAGUGCUGGCCUACAUCCAGGUAGCCUAUGGCGCUGCCAUAAUUUCCUUCCUGGGUGGUGCUCGCUGGGGAUUUGCUCUUCCUGAGAGCAGCCCAGCAGAUCCAGACUGGAUCAACCUGUCCAAUAGCAUGGUUCCACCCCUGCUGGCCUGGGUGGCCAUGCUGAUGGUGCGUGACAGCAUCACCUCAGCAACCAUCAUAGUCAUCAUGGGACUUGGAAUCACACUGCAUUAUGAUUUGUCUCUGCUGCCCUCUUACCCCAGCUGGUUGAAAGCGCUGUGCUGCACCGUUGCCAUUGUGGCUUUUUUGUCUCUCAUUGGCACGCUUGUAAUUAGCGAAGUCUAUGAGAGCAGUGUUCAGUGAUGAAGUAUAAAAUCUUUUAUGAGGGCUGUAUGAGUGGUGACGGAAACUAUUGCAAAAGUAAUUUUGGACCAUCCAGAAAAGUGCUUAUUUUAAAAUUUUCGUUCCCAAUGUCGCACAGCUUUCUGUCAGCACCCAGUGUGGCAGCAGCAGCAAAAAUGAGCUAAAACUAAGUGUGAACAAGCAACUGACAUUUCUAACCGGACACUGAGUUGGAUCAAAGUUGGUGUAAGUCAGAUCUUUUAAUAAAAUAUUAAAAUUGAAAA